AUGACAUCGCUUACUUUACAUUUAUUAACUAUUGUGAUUAGUGUGAUAUUUAUUUUUCUUGGACAUAUUCAACUAACACCACAAUUCUUUCCUGAAUAUCAUAAUCAAAUUCGAAAUGAAUAUGGAAAAUUAAAUAAAGAAUUUCCAUUUUAUCAUUUAACUAAUUGGCGACCAUAUGCAAAAAAUUAUCGAAUAGCUACAGGUGUUAUUGAAAUGUCUUCAGGAAGUUUAUUAUUACUUGGCGGAGGUUUUUCUCAAACAAUGGCAAACAUUGUAUUACUUGCGAUAACAGUAAAUACGAUAAUUUCAUUUCAGAAAUUAAAUUAUGAUAUGGAAUACAUGGCUAUAGCUAUAUUUCUUACAUUUUUACUUACUUUCCGACUUAUUUUAGUGUCACGAUCAAAGGCAUCUCAUGCAGCUAAAGCUGCAAAAAGAAAAAUUGAAAAAAAAGUUGAAUAA